GGAUUCGCGCCAGGCAGCUGGUCACAGGUUGCAUUAGAACUCACCAAGCCGGAUGGUUUAAUAGUUGGGAUUGAUCUUCUCCCCGCACAGCCUCCUAAAGGUGUGACCACAUUCCAAGGGGACUUUCUCUCCCCUAUGGUACAGAAACUCGUCAAAGACUGCAUCCUUGAAAUGCAAAAUCGGCGAGAACUGUCCCGCCUCAAGUCCAAGCCUAAAGCCGAGAAGAGCAAGAAGGACGGAGUACCCGAAGAGUCCCAGACAGUCGCCGAGUCUGAAAAAAAGAAGAAGAUGAAGAAAGAGGACGAGCAGCCGCUAGAAGAAGCUAGGCAGCAUGACCUUGAGCCCCAGAGCUACAUCGACAUGGAGCGGCAAGCCAGCCAUGUUGAAACCGAGGGACAAGGAAAAUUACACCAUGGACAGGAAUCGAUGAACAUGGUUGAUGUGGUUCUGAGCGACAUGUCAGCACCCUGGCAACAAACAUCUGGUUAUAAUGUGAACACCUUGAGUAAUCCAUAUCAUAGGUUAAUGAACACGAGUGGCAUCCCUUUUCAUGACCAUGCUCGUAGUCUGGUGGGUUCCUUCAUUGAGUGCUUUGAUAGAACAAUCAGAGCCAUACAGCAAACAAGCUUGUUGAUAACUGACGGAGAAUCGCCAAAUCAGGAUCUUUGCAAUGCCGCCCUCGAUUUUGCAAGUGACACUCUGAAACCCGGUGGGCACUUUGUCUGCAAAGUUUACGUAGGGCGAGGAGACCAAGAUUUCGAGCAAAGGGUCCGACUGCUCUUUUGCAAGGUUCACAGAGUCAAGCCAAAAUCAUCAAGAAGCGAAAGUAGGGAGGUAUACCUAAUCGGGUUGCAGAGAAAAGGGAAUAGAGUGGUCAAGUAA